UUGGGUUCAAAUGAACAAGUUUUAGACUAGAAUAAAUACGAAUUCCUGCCCUUGAUUUCUGAAAAGUGACUGUCUAAAUGAAGGAUGGUGGAGUUAACAGUGUAAUGUGAAGGCCCCCAUUUCAGGCAACUGAUAUAACAUGUCAUACAGGCAAAAAACAGUUUUAGUGUGUUCUAGCCUGGAAGCAUUUGGAAUGCUUUAGAUGUGGGUGCCAUUCUAACCAACAAGAGAGGAACUGGAAUGGAAAUGAGGCCAUGUGAGCAACAGUUGAAGAAUUGCUUAGUGACUAGCAGAGAGGAGUUGGAGGUAAGCAGAAGAAGGUUAUGAUGUUCUUAUAAAUAUUCAAAGCACUGUCCCAUUUAAGAGAAGUUAGAUAUAUUCUGUGCAACUUCAGAGGCAAGAUUGCUACAAAUGGAAAGAAGGUAAAGAAAGGAGCUUCACAGUAGGAAAAACCUACCUUUUCAUCUCUUCAUAAAUGAGAUGGGCAACCUUGUGAGGAGGGGUUGAUCUCCCAUGCGUGGAAGUUUUUAAGCUGAGUGACAUUGUGGAGAAGAGUCCUGGAGAGGGAAAGAAAAUGGAGCUAGAUGACCCUAAAAGCCAGCCUCAUGCUGCGAAUGGCUAUGUGAGAUGAUCUACUCAAUCUCUUCAUUUUUUUCAUCCUGAAUGCAAUCUUGGUUCAUGAGGUUUUUAUUUUUUUCUCCCCAUAUAGAGAUAAUCGGUUCUACAAAUCUUAUAAUUCUGCUAGAGGAUGAAAUCUUUGCAGAUUUUUUCAACACGUUUCUUUCUCUCCCGGUCUUUGGUCAGAUACCAUUUUACAUUGUCGAAAAUUCACAGUGGAGUUUAUGGCCAGAAAUACCAUAUGACUUGAUUGCCAAGUACAAAGGAUUAUUGACCUGGUUGGAAAAAUACAGGUUACCUUUCUUCUGUAAAACCAAUUUAUGUUUCCAGUACAUUCUCUGUCAGGAACUUAUCAGCUUCAUUAAGUCCCCAGAAGGAGCCAAGAUGAUGAGAUGGAGAAAGGCAGACCAGUGGCUACUCCAGAAAUGCAUUGGCGGGGUCAGAGGGAUGAGGCGCUUCUGUGCCUACCUCAAGGGCAGUGCAGGUGAAGAGCUGGUGGAUUUCUGGAUCCUUGCUGAGAAGAUCCUGAGCAUAGAUGAGAUGAACCCAGAACUGAGAGACCACUACCUCUCCCUCCUGCUGGUGCUGAAGGCCACCCAUCUGCAGGAGGGCUCCAAGGUGGUGACUCUAUGCAACGUGAACAUCAAGUCCCUUCUAAACCUCUCCAUCUGGCAUCCAACCCAGUCAACCACCAGGAGAGAGAUCCUGAGCCACAUGCAGAAAGUGGCUCUCUUCAAACUCCAGAGCUACUCUCUCCCCAACUUUUAUACCCAUGCCAAAAUGAACCUGGCCAAGGAGGAAGAGUGCCAGGGUUUGAUGCAAGAAUAUGAGACUCGCCUUUGCAGUGUUUGCUACACCCAUGAAGGCGGGCUACCUCUGAACAUGAGCAUCAAGAAGUGCCACUACCCCCCAAAAUGGUACUCAAGCAGGAAAAGCAAGAGGAAAAUGUGGCAGUCGGUAGACCAUGGCUCCUGGUCUUUGGAAAUGGAGCUGCCAUCCAUUCACUCUGAGCAAGACACCAUCACCAUGCCCCUACAGGAGCUCCUUUCUCGGGAGAAGGUAGUUACACAGACGCCUCCCCUGCACGUGGCCCAUUCGAAGGAGAAAAUGAUUAGUUCCUUGGAAGAGAAUAUUUGCACCACGAAGUCCUGCACAAAGAAGAAAACCAAGAGUCACUUCCACAUGGAUGGCCUCUUUGAGACAAAGUUCUCAACCCACCUGAGGACGGUCACUCCCAUUAUCAAUCACUACUCUCAGAUGAAACUGAAAAAAGCAGUCAAGCAAAGGCUGUCCUUGGGGUACACCCACUGGGCCUUAUGUGCUGACACCUAUGCAGGAAGUCCCUUCCGGGACUACCUAAAGAAACAGAAUUUGAGAGUGGAGACCCAACUCCUGGACCUCUGGCAGGACUUGCACCAUUUCCUCAGUGUCCUGAUGAAUAACAGGAAGAACGGGAAUGCUGUCUUUCGGCACAUGCUAGGCCACAGAAUCUGCGAGCUCUACCUGAAUGAGCAAAUUGGUCCAUGUGUACCACUCAAAUCGCAAACCAUUCAAGGCCUGAAGAAGCUGCUGCCUUUGGGAGAUGUGAACCCCUGGAUUCCCAGAGCUCAGAAAGAGAUCUGCAAGAUGCUCAGUCCCUGGUAUGAUGAAUUCCUGGAAGAAGAGGACUACUGGUUUCUCAUAUUUACAACUCAGAACAGGUUCGCCAAUGUCAAGUGGCAUAAAAAAGGAGACACUAUGAGCAAAGAAGACAACAUUCUUCUCUGUAAGAGGGUUCAGGAAUCUCUGGAGUUAAGCCAGGGUUUGGCUAACAUGGAGGAAAUGGAUUCUCUGCAAUGGCAAAAGAUAGUUACUGAGAACCUGAGACAAGGCGGGUCUCUCCAGGUAGAACUGACUUCUCCAGUGUUUCUGACAGACGUAAUGAAAAUGUCCUUUGAGGAACUUUGCUGUAAGAAUCCAAAGAUGGCCAUACAGAAGAUCAGUGAUGACUACAAACUAUAUUGUGAGAAAUCACCUGGAAUAAAUUUUGCAGUGGAAAUUGUCAAGGAGCCGAGGAUUAUAUCAACCACACAAAGGAAAUUGUCUUUUAAAAAGACACAUACAAGGAAACCCUCAAUGAGACCCAGAAACUUGACUGAAGUCCUCCUAAAUACACAGCACUUGGACUACUUCAAGGAGUUCCUCAGAGAACGGAAGGCUGAGGCCCCAUUGCAAUUCCUGGUAGCCAUACAGAAGAUCAGUGUUGAGACCAAUGAAAAGCUUUACAAGUCUCUCCUUGACAAUGUAAUGAAGACUUUCUUCCAUGGCAAAGUCUCUGCUGAAGAAAUGCUGCAGUGCAAUGCCCCUAUUAUCAAAGAAAUCACUCACGUGCGUCAGGUCAGCGCAACCACAUUGUUAACGAUCCAGGGCUAUGUCAUGAAAUCUCUGGAAGAGAAGUGGUUUAAAGAUUACCAAGAUCUGUUCCCAUUGCGUCCUCUGGAGGUCGAAGUUGAAGAACAAGUUUCCCCUAGGAAGCCCUCAAAGACGGCAACAACUUACCUACAAGAAUCACAGAAGAGGGGCUGGCUGAAAAUGAUCAGCUUUAUCAAGAGCUUUUGCAAAUACCGCAGAUAUAUGUUGGAUCCCAUUAAGCGCCAGGAAUUUGAAGACUAUCUUCACAUGGAACUGUACAAUAACAAGGAAAAUUUCUCUGCACCAGUAAACCCACCAGGACGCCCGGGCACAGUGCCGUCUAAUGUCCGGAGCACAGACCACGAAAAUGGAGAAACAACACUUACGAAGCGCCGUAUAUUUGGCCACAAGAUUAUCACGGUCAACUUUUUGGCCAAUGAUAUAUAUUUCUUUUCUGAGAUGGAAAAAUUUAACGAUCUGGUGAGUUCAUCUCAAGUGCUGCAGGCCAACCGGGCAUGCAACGAGAAUGACGUGAUCCUAAUGAGAUCCAAAAUUAACGUCAUCCUAAAGCUCUAUCUGCAAUCUGAGGUCCCUCCGAAACUCAGGGUGAAUAUCUCUGAUUCCCAGAAGGAAGCCAUCCUUGCUGCCAUUUUGGAGGGGCACCUAGAUCGGAGCAUCUUCCACGGGGCUAUCAUGUCUCUCUUCCCCGUCAUUAUGCACUUUUGGAAAAGGUUUUGUUCUUGGAAGGCAACCAGAUCUUACUUACAGUUCAGAGGGAAGAAGCUGAAGGAUAAAAGAACUCCUCCUAAACCUGUGUUCAGGUACCCUCCUUGGAGUGGAGGAGACCAUGCUGUUCUGAGGUUCAGCCUGCUCAGAGGUAUCGAGUGGUUUCGCCCUCAGCAGCGGGAAGUGGCAGCCAGUCCAGGAGCCCAAAACUUGGACCUGGAAGGUGGAGCUGAAGCCCAGGGCCGAGAGGCCUCCUUGCAGGAUCUGGAGAGUGUGGCCAAUACCCAGAGUCUGGAGGGCAGAGCCAUUUUCUAA